AUGGCCGAUUUCAAUCAGGCCUUGGCGGGCGGCGCUCAUUUUGUCGCAAGAGCGAUUGAAUACCAAGUUCGACAGGCCACUUCGUCAACUUCGCCAACUCCGUCAGCGGACUCGACGUUCUCGACCUUUACUUCUACGCCUACCACCCUUACGCCAUCUGCAGCCUCGCCGCCCCCGACUGCAGAGCCUUCUGCCGGUGGCAGCAACAAUGGUGAUAAUAAUGGUGGCCAGUCAACUAAUUCCCCUCUGCUAUUCUUUGUAGCCUUGGGAUUUGGUGUUGUUUUUACCAACCUUUGGAUUAUCGUUGGUGUAAAAUACUGCUUUCGGUAUAACGCACGCAACCGACAGUUAAGAGGAUUGGAUGAAAAUGGAGAACCUAUUAAUUUGGAGAACAUGCCCGCGAGGCCCCAUCGUCGACGCCGAGAAAAGAAGCUUAUGACGAUGGAUGAAGUCAAUGAUAAAUUUCCGAUGAUGAAAUACAAAGCCUGGGUCUUAGCACGUGCAAACGAAGGUCUGCCAACUACCGGUGGUGUCUCUGCGCCGCCCAGCCGCGCCAACAGCGUAAGGAGUAUUGAAGGCAUCGUGCCAGAAAUAUCUUCUAAGGAACAAGAUUCAAACGACGAUCAUGCCGACCCCAGCGUUGUUCCGAAAUCUACGAAUCGAGAAAGGUCCCACUCCGCCCAUGAUAGUCAAGACACCACAACCGACGGUAACGUAACGAGUGACAACGCGCUUACUCAUGCGCAAACCGCCGAAAGCAUAAUAAUGAAAGAACAUGAUCAUCGCGGAAGUAUGGACGAUGAUGACGAGGAUGAUGAACAUAUAGAUGCGGCUCUGCCUCCCGAGCUAGUGGGUACUCAGGGCGAUACAUGCGCAAUCUGCAUCGACACGCUUGAAGAUAACGACGAUAUUCGUGGAUUAACGUGUGGCCACGCCUUCCACGCCGUUUGUAUUGAUCCAUGGUUGACCAACCGGAGAGCGUCAUGUCCUUUGUGCAAGGCAGAUUACUAUACACCCAAGCCACGGGCGCCUCCUGCAGAUGGUGAUCCGGCAAAUCCCACGUCUCCUAACGCCGACCCAUCCCGAAACAAUGGCCGAAUGAACAUGCCAAGGUCUCCGCAGCGCACGUUCACGUCAUGGAGCAAUUUCCGGGGGACUCCGCGUGGUAUGAUUGCGGGUCGCUUCGGAGGUGUCGGUACGGAUUCGGCAAGUUACAACCGGCACCCGCGGAUAUGGGAGAGAAAUCGCUCAGAACACCCACGACAUCGUCAUCAUCAUCGUAACUUUCAGCCCGAGCCUCAAUUACCUGCAACAGAGAGCGCCGGUAUAUUUUCAAGAGUUCGUGGCCAUUUCCUGCCACUCCGAUUGAAUGGUCUGAUGCGGAGGGACCCUAACGGACAAGCCCCCGAUGCAAGCGGGGUGUCAGCUUCUGGUGCCAACGGCGGGGCAAACACCACGCCGUCACAAUUAGAAGCAGGUGUACGACCGCCUGCAAAUGCGGUCAACUGA